ACACCGCCUUCCUAGGAGAUAAUUUCUCACAUCCCCCGAAUAUGAUGUGAAGAAGAUGCGAAGUUAACAUAAAUAGGAAGUCUUUUAUUUUAUUUUUUGAAAAGCAACCGCCGGAGGGACCGGAGGCUCAAUUACAGGAAAACCUGAGAGGCCUAAAUCAGCGCCUGACAGACGAAUGCGCUGGGGGCUAGUCCUCGGGUUGGCCUGGGGGCUGCGCGCGCAGUGGAGUCUGCGUGCGCUAGUCCUGGGCCCCGAGGCUUAGGCCCCAGGAUACCGGGGAGCGGUCGGCCCAGGAAUCAGCGUCCGGGAUGAGAGUGGGAUCCCGUAGGACGCCAGCCGAGGGUCUGUAGGAGAAUGAGGAGGAGUCAGGGCUCUGGCCCGCCCUCUUGGCGUAGCCUUUGGCUCGGCGAAGGGGCCGUAGGCCGCGCCCGCUCCUUCAGCCCCGCCGGCGGGGAGGGGUUUCCCAGGACGCGCCGGCCCCUUUCAUCCAGGAAGUGAAAGCGACGUCGGGGUCAAUGAAAAUAAACGGGGAACCCGGGGUGGAAGGAAGGCGGGCUAGAAGGAGGGAGCGCUCGGCAGCGGAAACGCGAACGGGAGGCUGGCCGGGGUCGCGAUUUUGCUGCCGCUUCAUCCGGGGCUAGCCCGGGGAUGUCUGCGCCCACGUCUCGAGGCCCCCGAGCUCCACGUAGCGGCCGCCGUCCGGGCCUUUGAGGGCCGCCACGUCCCUGCGGCGCGCGCGGCCUGAGGGCGGCUCGGUGCCGGCUGGGGGCGCCGGGGGCGGGGCCCGGGCGGGCGGGGAGGGGUUGCCCAGGCUCUGCGUUUCCCCCAUCACUUCGGCCGGCGCUGGGCCGGGAGGAUGCGCGGCGCAGGGCUGUGAAGCAUGGAGGGGGUUCUCUACAAGUGGACCAACUAUCUCACGGGUUGGCAGCCUCGUUGGUUUGUUUUAGAUAAUGGAAUCCUAUCCUACUAUGAUUCUCAAGAUGACGUUUGCAAGGGGAGCAAAGGAAGUAUAAAGAUGGCAGUUUGUGAAAUUAAAGUCCAUUCAGCUGACAACACAAGAAUGGAAUUAAUCAUUCCAGGAGAGCAGCAUUUCUACAUGAAGGCAGUGAAUGCAGCUGAGAGACAGAGGUGGCUGGUUGCUCUGGGGAGCUCCAAAGCCUGUUUGACUGAUACAAGGACUAAAAAAGAAAAAGAAAUAAGUGAAACCAGUGAGUCUCUGAAAACCAAAAUGUCUGAACUUCGCCUCUACUGUGACCUCCUAAUGAAGCAAGUUCAUACGAUCCAGGAAUUUGUUCACCAUGAUGAGAGUCAUUCAUCGCUCAGCAUAGAGAACAUGAAUGAAGCCUCUUCUCUCCUUAGUGCCACGUGUAAUACGUUCAUCACGACGCUUGAGGAAUGUGUGAAGAUAGCGAAUGCCAAGUUUAAACCCGAGAUGUUUCAGCUGUCCCAUCCGGAUCCCUUAGUUUCUCCUGUGUCGCCUUCCCCUGUUCAAAUGAUGAAGCGUUCUGUUAGCCAUCCUGGUUCUUGCAGUACAGAGAGGAGUAGCCACUCUAUAAAAGAACCAGUGUCUUCACUUCACCGACUCUCCCAGCGACGCCGAAGAACCUACUCAGAUACAGACUCUUGUAAUGAUGUUCCUCUUGAAGACCCAGAUAGACCUGUUCACUGUUCAAGAAAUACACUUAAUGGAGAUUUGGCGUCAGCAACAAUUCCUGAAGAAAGCAGAUUUAUGGCCAAAAAAAAAUCUGAAUCAGAAGAUCCUCUUCUAUCCUUCUCUUCCUGAGGAAACGGAAGUGUCCAACUUCCGCUAAGUAUUGCUAUGCAAAAGCUGCUGUAAUUAAACUAUGUUAUAGGGAGUAGUUUUUCCCUUAGGAUUUCUCUGCACUUUAUAGAAUAUUGUAAAACAAACAAAAAAACAACCCACAUACCUUUGAAGUGUAUUUUAUCUUUAUAUAGUUUAUUUGCAAGAGUAUUUUCCUAAUAACUUCACAGUAUGAAUGUGCAUCUGUUUUUUUCUUUUUUUUUUUUAAACAAAUGAUGGUGUAACAUUUUGACAUCCAUGAGGAAAAAUGUAGAUAUUUUUCUAAAAAACUGUGAGGGACUGACAGCUUAGUCAGUGUGUAUUGUAGCUUAUAAACAUGAAAUCUUAUAAACCUAAGGUUUCAGUUUGACAGAAGUGUGAUAUAUGUAACUUGUGCCAUGGACCAAAUGGUCACUUUACCCCAGCUGAAAUGAGUUACGGUUGCAGCUUGAUGGUGUUUGUAUUAUAUUCCUUUAAGCAAAAAGGAAACAUUUAAUAUUUGAGAUAUUUUUACCCCAGAUACUAUGACAUUGAGGAUUUUAAAAAAACCAGACUGUGCUGUCCUUCAUAUAUGAAGUUGACACUACUGAUUUAUCAAUACCAAAUGUUGUGUUAAAGUAUUUAAUUUUUACUUAUUUAUUUUUCUGUUGCAUCAAAAAAAAAAGAUUGCAUCCUAACUUUUAUGACCUACCAAAUUUAAGAUGUGUGUACAUUGUUAUUUACUUUGUCAUAGAAAGAAGUUAAUGUUUGUAGGGACCUUGCUCACUUCACCAGAGAAAUAAAUGACUUGCAAUGGAAGAGGAUUUUAGUGCUUUUUUCCCAGAAUAGACAUUAUUAAGCUACUGUUGUAAGGUAUUGAUAUUUGCAGCUCUUUAGAAUAUCUAGACUUUUUAAAUUUAUGAAUAUUUAUAAAAAAAGGAAUCUGUCAAGGCGACUGCCCUAUGUAACUUGAGAAUGGCAUUAUUUAAAGAACAAAUAGCAUUUUUUGGUAGUGCCUGUCCAUGCCGUCAGUGUUUGCCUUGUAAACUGUUUUUUCCAUUCACUUUGGAGUGACGGUUUUGUCCAAGGUUUUAGAUGAGGAGCACUUUAAAACAAACUGGUUUGGUGUUUUUAAGUUAAUCAUAUGUUUAAUAAAUAUGUGGUUUUUGCAUUCAAACUCAUCAUAUAAUACAUUGUAUUUUUUACAUUUAUUGAUAGUUUGUCUAAUCUUUAUCAAAUGGUAAUAAUAUUCUUUACUGCUUUGAUUUUGUUUGUAUAUUUAGACCUCAUAGUAAAUGCACAAGUAAGGCAUAUUUUUAGCUUUUUUGCCUGUGAGCUUAGAAUGUUAUGUCCUAUUUCAUUUUGAAUUUCUCUUGUAAGUUUAUGUGGGAAUUGUUUUAAAAGAUUUGUUUAAAAUAUUUUUUAAACAAAUUAAAAAAAUAUUUGUUAUUUCCUUAUUAAAAUAAGUCUGUAUUUAUCGGCUUUCUUAAGUUUAAAGUGGACAUAAACAAUCUAUACACAUUAAUAUCCAUUUAGAUAAACUGUAUGCUACUUAAAGUACUUGAAAUUUUAAAUAGCACACAGGUCAUUAGACUAUAUUAGGAGGAAUCUUUUUCUGCUCAUGUACUUCAUAUGUCUAGUUUGAGAAAAAAGAAGUUUGAUAAUAUAGUAAGUUUUCAUGUUGAGUGAGUUAUCAGGUUUUGGGCUUCUUUUUUUAUUUUUUGUAAUAGGCAUGAGUAAUGAUAAGACCAUGGAGAUCAAGGUGCUACUACUGACUGUGGGAGUUUUUCUAGUAGUUUUUUUUUCUUUUUUUUUAAAUCAAUAGGUUUAUAAUGGAAACACUAUAACAAAGCUUUUGAACUCAUGGAAAAUAAAUCCAUUUUCUAUUGCUUUAUCCAAAAAUAUGAGUUCCUGAACAGUUUUCUGUAAAUAUUUUUAAAAAUAAAAUACAGUUACUUCUGACUCAUAUCAUUUUUUCUCCUUGAAGCAGGUGCUUUGAACAAGUUUGCUGUAUUCCUAAAUAUGGAUUUUAUUGUGACUGGAAUCAACUCAUUUGUGAAAUCUUUUUUUUUUUUUUUUAAGGGAAUAUCAAUGUAUCUGGAAUUACAUAGGUUUUGACCAGUAAGUUGGUAUCAUGAAGCAAAGCUUCAGGGAACCUUGCAUUUUGAGGAGCCCAAUGUAUUUUCAAGGGUGCCUGACUUUUCUGAAUCUUAAGAAAAAGAUGAACCAAAUAAGAAAAAUUUCAUAAGAAUUUUAGUUUGUGAUGAUUUUUGUAGUGUCUAAUUAUUGGUUGUUCUUGUUUUACUUUAUCUAGGCCUUAGGGUUGAGAAAUUUGGAGACUCUUGUAUAUCAGCGAUCUUCUAAGCAGAACCAGUGCUUGCUUUCUGUUGUGUAGGAACCCAAGGCUUCUAUGCUUAAAAUAACUUUCCAUGAGAGUUCUUUUGUAAGUGGACCAACUUUGAACUUUGUUAUAUUACACUGAAUUCUUGUAUUAUCUUCAGUCAGGACUAGUCCAGAAAUGGAUGCUAUUUAAACUUAAAUUCUAAGGCAAGAGAUCUUCAUUUUGACAAUUUCCGUGGAACCUUUCACCUUGAACUGUAGGUUUUCACUAUAUGUUAUUAUAAUUAGUGUUUAGAAGUUAUCAUAAGAUCUCAGGAAAUACAGUCUUGUAAUAUGUGA